AUGAAUUCAUUUAUUCAAUGUUUCAUACAGCAGGCAGUCAAAAUGUCAAUAUCAGAGACCUAUGCUUAGAAGAUCCCCAACAUCUUUGAAAUCAACACUCUCCUGAUGAUAACUUUCAUUUUGUUGUUUGUCUGGCGCAUAAUUACAUUGAAGACUAAAACAUUUGCAAAUCCACUCAAGAUCUUGGGUAUAGCUACUUUGAAACUAAUCCACUAUGUUUCAUCAUUAUACAGUCUCAUCAUGUUUUCAUUUUUGAUGUAAGCAUUGUUCUUAUAAUAAGUUCAUACGUGGCAGAUUAAUUGGCCUUUAGGAAUCUUAACAAAUUCAAAGUGAUUUAAAUCUUCUUUGUGAUUAUCAUCUUCUUUUGGGGAACAGACAUCAACCUAUUUUCACUUACCCUCGUAACUCUAAUGGAAAAAAUUACUAAAAUGGCCAUUUAAGCAAAUUAAAUAUAAAAAGAAGACGAGAUCUCCACUAUUUUAUCAUAUGUGUUAGCCUUAGGCAUAAUUCUCACAGUAUCCAUCUACGAAGUAUCAUUAUUGUAACUCAUUAUUAGAUAUUCAUUUCAGAAGAAUUGGAAGGAUUCAAUAUCAUGGAAUUUCCUAUAUUCAAUUUGCUGAUGAUAGCCCUAUUCUUGUUGGCCUUGUAGAAAAUAACCUACAAUAUCACCAAAGAGCAACACAACAAAUUCAUCGGUGUCAUAAUGUGUCUCUUAUUUUUGAUUUACGAAUUGAAAGAUAAAAUCUUUGAUCCCUUCAAUCAUUAGGUCAUGUGGGUAAGUCUCUCUAUUCUAGCUGUUCUAAACAUCUUUGAGAACACAGAGGAAGAAUUGCAAUUGGUCUAGAGUAAUAAUAGAGCACUUGGAGAAGAUGAAAUCUCAUUCUAAGCAUUCAUAAAUCAUUUAAAAAAUAAUUCAGAUUCUAAGAAAUUGAUGAUUCAACUGUCCCUCAACUUUUCAUUUAUGUUCGUUGAAUUAAUCUAUGGUUGGAUCAGUAACAGUUUGGGAUUGAUCACAGAUUCACUCCAUAUGCUCAUUGAUUCAAGUGCAUUGGCCAUAGCAUUGUUUGCCAGUUUCAUGGCCAAAAGAAAAGCUAAUUCAACCUACACAUUCGGUUAUGAGAGAGUAGAAAUACUGUCAGGAUAUGCUAAUGGUGUGUUCCUCCUGUUUGCAGUUGUUGAAAUAAUCUCCGAAUCCUUUGAGAGAGUCAUCACUCCUUAAGAAGUACUUCCUGAAAAAAUGUUGGUUGUUUCAUUUUUAGGAUUGCUAGUUAAUGUGAUUGGGUUAUUCUUCUUUCAUAAUCAUGGACACAUUCAUUCAGAAGAAGUGGAUGAAUAAUUGGAAGAAAAACACCAUCAUCAUUGUUCUCAUCACCAUGACCACAAUCAUAAUUUGUCUGGAGUAUAUUUACAUAUUCUAGCUGAUGCCUUAGGAAGUGUUGCUUGUAUCAUUUCUGCUCUGCUUAUAUAUUACUAUUAGUUCCAUAUGGCUGACCCUAUUGCCUCCAUUAUCAUUUCAUUACUCAUUCUUACCACAACAGUUACCUUACUUAAAGAUACUAGUAAAAUAUUAUUGAUGCAUGUACCCUAUUCAGGGAAGAAAGUGUUGGCUGCCAUUUCUCACGAUGUAAUUAUAAUUUUCAUUUAUUUUCAGUUAAAUCAUAGAGGGUUUGAUCCUCAAGAUAUGAAAUUGUGGUAGUACAAGGAGAAGAAAUUGGUUUUUACUGCAAGAUUUCAAAUCAAGUCAGAAGAUGAAGCUUAGAUCAAAUCAGAAAUAGAUGGCAUCGUUUCAAAGCAUAAAGAUGUAGUAAUUAAUGCAAUUGAUUUUGAUUAUGUUGACUGA